AUGCGAAGCCCGAGCGCGGCGUGGCUGCUGGGGGGCGCCGUCCUGCUGCUCGCAGCCUGUGCCUCCUGUAAUCACACCACCCCAGGAACCAACAGAUCAGCUAAAGGAAGGAGCCUUAUUGGUAAGAUUGAUGGUUCAUCUCAUGUCACUGGAAAAGGAGUCACAGUACAACCAGGCUUUACUGUGGAUGAGUUUUCUGCAUCGGUCCUCACUGGAAAACUGACUACUGUCUUUCUUCCAAUUGUCUACAUAAUUGUAUUUGUGGUUGGUUUGCCAAGUAAUGGCAUGGCCCUGUGGGUCUUUCUUUUCCGAACAAAGAAGAAACACCCCGCUGUGAUUUACAUGGCCAAUCUGGCCUUGGCAGACCUCCUGUCUGUCAUCUGGUUCCCCUUGAAGAUUGCCUACCACAUUCACGGCAACAACUGGAUUUACGGGGAAGCUCUUUGCAAGGUGCUUAUUGGCUUUUUCUACGGCAACAUGUACUGUUCCAUUCUCUUCAUGACCUGCCUUAGCGUGCAGAGGUAUUGGGUCAUUGUGAACCCCCUCGUGCACCCCAGGAAGAAGGCAAACAUUGCCAUCUGUGUGUCUUUGGGAAUAUGGUUGCUGAUUCUGCUGGUCUCCAUCCCCCUGUAUGUCGUGAAGCAGACCACCCACAUUCCAGCCCUUAACAUCACAACCUGUCAUGAUGUUCUGCCUGAGGAUGUGUUGGUGGGAGACAUGUUCAAUUACUUCCUCUCUCUGGCCAUUGGAGUCUUUCUGUUCCCAGCCUUGCUCACAGCCUCUGCCUACGUGCUGAUGAUCAGAACACUGCGAUCUUCUGCCAUGGACGAGAACUCGGAAAAGAAAAGGCAGAGAGCCAUCAAACUCAUUGUCACCGUCCUGGCCAUGUACCUGAUCUGCUUCACUCCUAGUAACCUUCUGCUCGUGGUGCAUUAUUUCCUGAUUAAAAGCCAGGGCCAGAGUCACGUCUACGCCCUGUACAUCAUAGCCCUGUGCCUCUCUACCCUCAACAGCUGCAUUGACCCAUUUGUCUAUUACUUCGUUUCACAAGAUUUCAGGGAUCAUGCAAAGAACGCUCUCCUCUGUCGAAGCGUCCGUACUGUAAAGCAGAUGCAAGUAUCACUCACCUCUAAGAAAUUCUCUAGGAAAUCCAGUUCUUACUCUUCAAGUUCGACCAGCAUUAAACCCUCCUAUUGA